UUGUCCCAAUGGGUUUUCCUUAGUGAGGUUUUUAAUGAGGAAGAUCUCAUGGCUGUCCAAGCUUAGACUUUCACAAAGCUAAGCUUGAGGGGGACUGUUAAGAUGAGGAGAGUUAAGUGAAAAAGGGAGAUGAGGCUUGAGUAGAAUGAGGAUAAGGAAGGCUAGGAAGGUUUGGGAGCUUUGAGAUCAACCAGUCCGUACAAGGCCGUACAAGGCCGUACAUGACCGUACAAGAUGGGAUCGACCAAAGCUCAACCAAACCUUACCUUGAGUUACCCGAGUUACUUAGGUAAAGAGGAGAAGUUACCUUAGCCUUUGUGGGAUGGAUCAGACCGUUGGAAAGGAUAAGGGAGAGUCUUGGACAGGCUGUCACAGCUGGAAAGUAAAAGCAAAAGGCAGCAGCAAGCUAAAGAUGCUUCACACGGAUUGAUCACCUUAUUGGAUGGUUUUGAAUUAAGCCUUGACUCCACAUGCUUAUCUUAUCCUCUUGUUUACGAAAACCCUAAGCUCUCUCUUCAUAUAAAUAUGUAAACUCUCUCAUUAAUAAGAUCAAGCAAGUUAUGAGUCUCUCUUAGUCUUUUAGUCUCUCAAUGGUUCUAUACUAGACUCUUAAUCUCAUUUCAUACUCAAAUCUCUUCUAAAUCACUUCUAGUCUUUCUUAUUCACUCAGAUUACUCUACUCAAUCCUAAAAGUGAUAUGGUAUCAGAGCCAGGUUCAUAGAGAACUUGGUUUCGUUGGGUUCUUUGAAGAUUCAAGAUUGAAGCUUUGAAGAAACAGUUUGGUGUUCUUGUGUUCUUAAGCGGUUCUGGGUAGUCUUUCUGAGUUCUAUUGGUUGUUUGAGGUGUUAUUGAAGCUGUGUGAAGCUGCUAGUGUUCACUCAAGACAGUUACCUCAAGAGAAAGUUAUUGAAGUCUAAAGGGUUCUACAUUCAACAUGGAGAGUGGGAUGAACAUGAACAUGAAGGUGGCGGUUUGUUUCAAGGGAAACAACUACUUGGUGUGGUCUCGGAUGGUGAGAACUACAGUGGGAAGCAAGGGGCUUUGGAAGCACAUCACGCCAGGAGAAGCUCCAAAGCUCAUCACUCAAGGAGAAGCUGAAGAUGAAGCCGCAAGCAAGGUAUAAGAGAAGUGGCAUCAAGAGGACAUGCUGGUGAUGUCUGUCCUUCAUGCUUCCCUUGAGCCGGCUAUUCUGGAUGCAUACAGCUACUGUGAGUCUGCUAAAGAGCUGUGGGAUACCUUGAAGAAGGUGUAUGGCAACACUUCAAACCUAAGCCGAGUGUUUGAAGUGAAGCAAGCUAUCAACAACCUCGUACAAGAAGACAUGGAGUUCACUAAGCAUCUAGGAAGAUUCAGAAGUCUCUGGUCCGAAAUGGAGAUGCUCAGGCCGAGCACAACGGAUGCUGAUGAGCUUAACAAGAGGAGAGAGCAAGAUAAGGUCUUUGGGCUCCUCCUCACCCUAAACCCGGCAUACAACGGUCUCAUCCAGCACCUGCUUAGGGAGGACACUCUACCUGACCUUGAGGAUGUGUGUGCGCGGAUUCAGAGGAGCAAGUGUAAUAACCCUCACGAGCAGAUAUAAUUUUGGUCAAGAAAAUUCUUUAAGAUCAGUUUGAAGAUUGAUCAAUCAGAAUUUAAAUAAAAAUCGACACGGUGAAUUAAUCU